AUGGACAAGAAAAGAUCAUCAUCAUCAUCAUCAUCAUCAGUAGUGACAUGGAAACCAGCUGCAGCAAAUGCAAAUGCACAGGCGCCCAAGAAGAACUUGUGGACGCCAGAGGAGGACUUGAUUCUCAAAAAAUACGUGGAAACUCAUGGUGAAGGCAAUUGGGCCACUGUGUCCCAGCGAUCAGGUCUGAUGAGGAGUGGAAAGAGCUGUAGGCUGAGAUGGAAGAAUUACCUGAGACCCAACAUAAAACGUGGACACAUGUCCCAAGAGGAGCAAGACCUCAUUAUCCGAAUGCAUAAGCUUCUUGGCAAUCGAUGGUCACUGAUUGCUGGGAGGCUUCCUGGUCGAACGGAUAAUGAAGUGAAGAACUACUGGAAUACCCAUUUGAACAAGAUGAGCUGCCCAGCUGCACCCAAAAGAAAAACUAGCCAUUUGAACAAGAUCGUCACUAAUAAGAAGAAAAAGAACAAAAUCAGCAGCAGCACCAUCACCAUCACCACCACUUGUACUGAUCGUACUGAUGAUGAUCAUGAUCAAAUUCAGAAGAAAGACGCCAUUGACUUUGAUCAUGAUCAUCGCCAGGAACCAAACGGAUCAAACCUUACUUCUAGUGCCAGCUGUUACUACAAUGACAUUAAUGACAUGGUAGAAUCUCCAAUAUUCACAUCGCACCACGACUGCCUGCAGUACCUGCCUACAAACUUGAACGCAACAUUUCUGUUUGAUCACGAUGAGCCUUUCAUUGCCGCCGACGCCGCCUCCUCUUCCUCCUAUUUGGAUUCUUUUCUUUUCUUUGAAGCAUUUGGAUCGUCUGCUGCUGCUACUGCGGCUGACAUGGAAUCAGUUUUGCCAUUAGCGUGUGCUGAUCAUCAUCUAGGUUGGUGA